AUGAGUGAACUUCAGCCUUCCUGUCAGCACUGCACACCAGGCUUGUUUAACAUACCUUGGAGUGGAUGGAACCACUACCAGAUAGUCAGUGCUGCAGAGGCAAUCGUCUUUCCAUCUUUGAUUGGAGUUAUUUGUUCAACAGGCUUAGUUGGAAAUAUCCUCAUUGUGUUCACAAUAAUAAGACUGGCUCUUGUCCAGCCAUUUUGCCUAACCCACCUGAGAACAACAUUAAGGCAAUUGAGUCAAUAUACGUUCACGAGUAGCAUCAUUAUUCUGAUGUCCACUUUGUGGAUCUACUCAAAAGUAAUAAAGCUCAAAGAUGGUUUGGAAAGUUUGACUUUUGGUCUAACCUCACUUGAUGUUCUCUGAUAUACACUUUAUUUUACCAUAACAACUUUCUUUUUUCCUUUACAAUUGAUCCUUAUUUGCUGUAUUUCAAUUUUAUGUUGCACAUGGGAGAUGUAUCAGCAAAACAAGAAAGCAGGAAGGUGCACCACUAUUAUCCCCAGGCAAAGAGUCAUGAGGCUCACUAAGAUGGUUCUUGCUCUGGACAGUGUGUUUGUUGUAAGCACUGCCCCAUUCAAUGUGAUCCAUUUCAUGAAUCUUCAGGUUUUUCAGACAACUCCCACAUUAUACAUAAGCUACUGUGUCUCCAUCCUUGUCAGCCAUGCCAGCAGCAACAUCCUCUCCAUUCUCUGCAUCCUGCUUAGAGCUUCCAUGUGUCUCCAGUAGUGCACAAACAUGGAAGUCAGGAUGGCAGAAUAGGAUGUCAAUGUCAUUAAAAGCUCUCUCAAGUAAAGUUUUUGA